AUGGUCCGACUACUAGUUGACCUCGCCCUUUCAUCGAAUGGCAGCGGCGUCUCUGCCCAUGAGCAAACGGAUGGAUUCGCAGGUGUCAUCGUUGCGAACCAAGAGAGCGGAACCUCGGCGCGAGAGGAACACGCUCAGCGAAUGAAGGAACUCAACACGAAGCGCAGCAUGAAGAGAGCCCCGCGAAGGGGAUGGUCCCUGACUGAUUACCAAGGCGACCAGCACCAGUAUAUGCCUCACUACCACCCUCAUUACGUCUCUCAAAUGAACCGGCACGCACCCAUUCCCGAAAAUGCUGUUCUGCAGUCCUCCAUUGCUCGACCUGAUUCGCCCGCGUCUUCGACAUUGUCCUCUGCCUCUUCGACAGUUGGCCCCAUGGUCCAAAUGCCCCUGAGACCAAAGAUGCCUCCUCCGCGCCGGUCACAAUCCGUGACAGAUAAGGAACCAGAGCCCAACAACGAGCGUCGGCUUUCAGUAAAUAUGAAUCUGCUCGAACUUCCGUCUGAAUUGCACUAUGCUCUGUUCGACUUCCUGGACCCUAUUGACGGCGCCUGCCUUGGACUUGCCCAUUCACGGCUGUACUCGAUUCACCUUCGCAAGAAUGGCAAAGUUCCCCUCUCCAGCCGGUACUCGGGACCAAACGACAUGGAAUGGGCAUGGCGAGGCGCUGGCCCUCUUGUUCGCAGAGAAAGCGGCGACCCUUCCGCUUCGCUCAAGGCGCUCGACAAUCUCCGAGUCAAAGGCCAAGUGUACUGCCGAAAGUGCGGAAUCUCCCGGUGUGAACUACACCGCCAUCUAAAGGACUGGAUGGGCAGCGAGUACGAAUACUGCGAAAUUCGAAAAACGUACGGCCGGCCGGCGGAUGAGUCCGCCAGGGCGUACUGCUACAUGAGCUCGCCCAAGAAUCCGCACCGGUGCGGUCGCCACGGCGGAAAGAAGCCAUAA